AUGGCGGCCGGACACGAAGAGUCCCCUCACCGCUGCGGCCACGCCGGGGGAGAAUGCUACUGCAUAGCCAUCGACGACGGCGCCUUUGACCUCAACAUCACCGGAAUCAACUGCGGCCCUGGACAUAGUAUAAGUGUUGGAGGCUUAGGGAAGAACAGAGCCGGAGAAACCGUGGUGCAGGUACGUGUGACUCGAUCCAAUCUCACCAACACCGACAACGGCGUCCGAAUCAAGACAUGGCCUGGAUCGACCAAUUCCUUCUCCGUGGAAAACCCCAUUCGGAUCGACCAAAACUAUUGUGACCAAAAGGGCGGGGCGGUGUGCGAUCCCGAUGAUGUAAGGCAACGACAGCAAAGGUUUGUGGAUUCGGUGAAUAGGAGAACCACAGCUAACUGCGUAUACGUGCAUGCAUGCAUGCAGCCAUCGGCGGUGGAAGUGAGCAACGUUGCGUUCGACGAUUGGCGGGGGUCUUCGGCGAAGUCGAGCGGCGUGGCCAUCAGAUUGGGAUGCAGCGCGGGCGUGCCCCGUAGAUCGAUCGUGGUCAACGAUGUGGAGAUCAGAUCGGAGGAUGGAAAGAGCGAAGCGUCGACGGAGUGCGAGAAUGGCAAGGGAACAAAUUGCCCAACCCGCACGCCUCCGAUCGACUGCCUGACUCCGGAGGACGAUGACCUAAUUGCUUCCGCUCAACAACAAUCACCGCCGACAUUACUUAGGAGUACUUUAGGAACUUGA